UCUACCGGAAGUACACGACAGUCAUGUUUUGUAAAUAAACUGUUCGACUUUUAUAUUUAUUUGUAGUCUUAUGGUAUUCGGUCUAGAAAUGGUACGAUUGUAAUUUGUACGUAUUUAUUUAGGUGCUCGAUGAAUCUGGUAAAGCAUUCAUUUAGGAAUUAUUUGUGGAUAUAAACCUAAACUAGUCACACCACUCCAUUGGUAGCACCAUUUAACCUCCAUAAUGUGGGAUGAUGAGAUCAGGGGCAUGGCAUCGGCUCAUGCCAUUGUUGCUUCCUCCAUCUUCAUGGCAACUGUGAUGCCUGCUGUGUUUGUGGAAAACUUCUCUGUUUAUGGGACCCACAUGGUUUGGCUGCAUUGUGUGGCUGGAUCUGUUGCUGUGGUCAACAUUGCAGUCUUUUGGCUUCUUGGCAUCAGCCCACCAACAAAGAAGAACACACUGAGCUACAAGCUCAACAGAUUGUUCAGAUCCUGUCUGUACUUUUUACUGUCAUGCCUCUUUUUUCAUGCUGUGGUGGUACUAUACGGUGCACCUUUGCUCGAGUCUGCUCUGGAAACAUUUUCUCUGGCUGUGCUGCUGUCCACACUCACAACAUUGAGAUGUCUCUGUAUCCUGGGUCCUAAUGUACAGGCGUGGAUCCGGGUUUUCAGCAGAGAUGGGGCGAUGUCAGUGUGGGACACCUCUCUUCAGAUUACCACUGGCUGUAGUGUGAUUGGGGCCUGGCUGGGAGCUCUCCCUAUUCCUCUCGACUGGGACAGACCCUGGCAGAUGUCUAGACGAGAGCAGAGAGAUGAGACGGACUCAUUGUGGGAGUGAGGCUGCCGUACAGUGAUUCCUCAACACAUGAUGAUGGGAGUGUGAACUGAUGGGAAACUCUGGGGUGGUUCAAUCCAGAUGCUUUUCUUUAGAGAAAUGAAGAGUGGUGUGACUCACACUCCUUCUCAUUGCCAUGACACUCUUGUAAUAUUGCAGGCCAUUUUAUGGUCUUGAGAUAACUGAAUAAUCAAUUUUGCUGACAUUUUUUUUUUCAUUCCAAGACACAAAUCUUCAGUCAUUUAGAGAUCAAGUAUGAAGGGAGGAAAUCUCAUUUUCUGUAUAAAAGAAGACAAGAGGAUGGAUAGCGCUUAUUAAAUAUUUUGUUACUAUAUAUACACACACAUCAUUCAAAAGUUUGGGGUCAG